UGAUCAGUUCACUAUGAGGCAAAGUAUUGAUGGCCAAAUGUCCACCCCCRGUGUGCUGUGGUCCGAAGUUGUGAGGGCAGCUGAAACCCUGACACUGGAGCCGUGCAACUCUGAGCUUGUCAGCUGCUGUCCCUGUCUAUGCUGGCCCUUCAUGUUGUGCAGACUUUAUGUGACUYCUUCAGAUGCAGUGUACCCUUGGGAGUUGAGAAGACUGGACUUUCACAUUCUUUUCACGAAAGAGGUUUCCAAAUAGUUGUCUUGUAAAACUUUGAGAAGAAGUUCUAUGUAGCUCUUACUUUCAAGAGUGCUGCAAAAAUGAUUACUUCAGAUUUGCCAGUACUACAGGAUUCUACAAACGAAACUACUGCACAUUCAGAUGCUGGCAGUGAGCUUGAAGAAGCAGAAGUCAAAGGAAAAAGAAAAAGGGGCCGUCCCGGCAGGCCUCCAUCUGCCACUAAGAAACCCCGGAAGUCUCCAGCGGACAAGGGACGUACUGACACCGGAGCUCGAGGAGCAAGUCGUGGGAGAGCCAAUGGCCACCCGCAGCAGAAUGGAGAAGGGGACCCUGUCACUUUGUUUGAAGUGGUUAAGCUGGGCAAGAGUGCUAUGCAGUCUGUGGUGGACGACUGGAUUGAAUCAUAUAAACAAGACAGGGACAUAGCACUUCUGGAUUUAAUCAACUUCUUUAUCCAGUGUUCAGGAUGUCGAGGAACGGUAAGAAUUGAAAUGUUCAGGAACAUGCAAAAUGCAGAAAUCAUAAGGAAAAUGACAGAAGAAUUUGAUGAGGACAGCGGKGAUUAUCCCCUGACCAUGCCCGGGCCGCAGUGGAAGAAGUUCCGCUCGAAUUUCUGUGAGUUCAUCGGGGUGCUGAUCCGGCAGUGCCAGUACAGCAUCAUCUACGACGAGUACAUGAUGGACACGGUGAUCUCUCUGCUGACCGGCCUGUCGGACUCGCAGGUCCGCGCUUUCCGGCACACCAGCACGCUGGCUGCUAUGAAGCUWAUGACUGCUCUUGUGAAUGUUGCCUUAAACCUGAGCAUUCAUCAGGACAAUACACAGAGACAGUAUGAAGCUGAGAGGAACAAAAUGAUUGGCAAAAGAGCUAAUGAAAGAUUGGAGCUGCUGCUUCAGAAAAGAAAAGAGCUACAAGAAAACCAAGACGAAAUCGAAAAUAUGAUGAACUCUAUUUUUAAGGGUAUAUUUGUUCAUAGAUACCGUGAUGCUAUUGCUGAGAUUAGAGCUGUCUGCAUCGAAGAAAUUGGUGUCUGGAUGAAAAUGUACAGUGAUGCCUUCCUGAAUGAUAGUUACUUAAAAUAUGUUGGUUGGACACUACACGACAGGCAAGGUGAAGUGAGGUUGAAGUGUUUGAAAGCUCUUCAGAGUCUGUAUACCAACAGAGAGUUGUUUCCCAARCUGGAGCUGUUCACUAACAGAUUCAAGGACCGCAUCGUGUCCAUGACCCUGGACAAGGAGUACGAUGUUGCCGUGGAAGCCAUUCGAUUGGUCACGCUCAUCCUCCAYGGCAGUGAGGAGGCUCUGUCCAAUGAAGACUGCGAGAAUGUUUAUCACCUGGUGUACUCAGCACACCGGCCUGUGGCUGUGGCAGCCGGCGAAUUCCUCCACAAAAAGCUGUUCAGCAGACAUGAUCCCCAAGCUGAAGAGGCUCUAGCAAAGAGGAGGGGSCGAAAUAGCCCCAAUGGAAACCUUAUUAGAAUGUUGGUUCUUUUCUUUCUUGAAAGUGAGUUGCAUGAGCAUGCAGCCUAUCUGGUGGAUAGCUUGUGGGAGAGCUCUCAAGAACUGCUGAAAGACUGGGAAUGUAUGACAGAAUUGCUCUUGGAGGAGCCAGUCCAAGGAGAAGAAGUGAUGUCGGACCGGCAGGAGAGCGCGCUGAUCGAGCUGCUGGUGUGCACCAUCCGCCAGGCUGCCGAGGCACAUCCCCCCGUGGGCAGGGGCACAGGCAAGAGGGUCUUGACAGCAAAAGAAAGAAAAACUCAGAUAGACGACAGAAAUAAAUUGACUGAGCAUUUCAUUAUUGCACUUCCCAUGCUGCUAUCAAAGUAUUCCGCUGAUGCCGAGAAGGUUGCAAACCUCCUGCAGAUCCCUCAGUACUUUGAUCUGGAAAUCUACAGCACGGGCAGGAUGGAAAAGCAUCUGGAUGCCUUACUGAAGCAGAUCAAGUUCGUUGUGGAGAAGCACGUGGAGUCAGACGUUCUGGAAGCCUGCAGCAAAACCUACAGCAUCCUGUGCAGUGAGGAAUACACCAUCCAGAACAGAGUUGACAUAGCCCACAGCCAGCUGAUCGACGARUUUGUGGAUCGAUUCAACCAUUCUGUGGAGGAUCUACUGCAGGAGGGAGAAGAAGCUGAUGACGAUGACAUCUACAACGUGCUCUCCACGCUCAAGAGGCUGACCUCUUUCCACAA